CUUGCCGCGUCUGCCUUCCCUAUUCCAACAUACGGGUACUCGACUUCGUACAGUGUCAGAUGAACGUGACUUACUUAACAAUUUUCAAACGAUCGUAACGAAGUCAUAUCUUCGAUUACUGACAUUAAGAUGAUAAAUAGUAGUGGUUUAGGUCAAACAAUGAAUUUGUGAUUAAAAACGAUUUAACUUUAGCGUAGUUGAAAGAUCAAUUUGUGGAAUUACGAUGUCGCAGCAAGUGAGAAUAUAAUGAACGAGUCGGACGUUUGGGGGAACUGGAGUUCGAACUCUACGGAUGCAGAGCUGGAUGACUGGUUGGAUUCUGUGCAAGAGCGGGCCCCUUUAGCUGCCAUCCUGUUAGUGUUCUCACUCGCCACAGUGUUCGGGAACUCCUUGGUGAUAGCCGCCGUGGUGAGAGAGAGGUACCUUCACACUGCCACCAACUACUUCGUCACGUCUCUGGCCUUCGCCGACUGCUUGGUCGGACUGGUAGUGAUGCCAUUCAGCGCACUCUAUGAGGUCCUUCAGCACAAAUGGUACUUCGGGAUAAACUGGUGCGACGUGUGGCGCUCCCUAGACGUCCUGUUCAGUACGGCUUCCAUCUUGAAUUUGUGUGUCAUCUCGCUCGACAGGUACUGGGCGAUCACCGACCCCUUCACCUACCCCACGAGAAUGAGCAGACGAAGGGCCUGCCUCCUGAUCGCUGCCGUCUGGGUGUGUUCUGGGGCGAUCUCCUUCCCCGCGAUCGUCUGGUGGCGCGCCGUCCGCACGGAGGACGUCCCCCCGUUCAAGUGUCCCUUCACCGACAGUCUCGCCUACUUGAUAUUCUCUUCAACGAUUUCUUUCUACGUUCCCUUGUUCGUGAUGGUGUUCACGUACUACAAGAUAUAUCGAGCCGCCGUCAUUCAGACGCGAUCGCUCAAGUUGGGAACGAAACAGGUGAUCAUGGCCUCGGGUGAGAUGGAGCUGACUCUGAGAAUCCACAGAGGAGGAGAGGCGAAGCACGAUCUGUACCACGCGGCAGCUAUCAACUCUAGCGCAUCCGACGAUGUAUCCGAGAUGGAAGGACCACUGAACGGCCUCAGCAGGCAGUCGUCUUCCAGGAUGCUCCACAACAAACAGAUGGGCAAGAACUUCUCGUUGAGCAGAAAACUGUCAAAAUUCGCUAAAGAGAAAAAAGCUGCGAAGACUUUAGGAAUUGUGAUGGGGGUUUUUAUUGUGUGCUGGUUACCGUUUUUUGUGGUGAACCUCCUCAGCGGGUUUUGUCUUCAUUGCAUCUGGCAGGAGGAACUUGUGACUGCUAUAGUCAAUUGGCUGGGGUGGAUCAACUCUGGCAUGAACCCUGUGAUAUACGCCUGCUGGAGCAAGGAUUUUAGAAGGUAA